AGCAAAAUAUAACCACACGUUGCAUUCUGGGAAGCCAUGGAAACCAUCUCUAUCUCUCCACACUCAUCUUCCCUCAUCGUUCUCACUAGACGUUCACUGCCAUCAACAAGGCACACCCAAAUCUUCUUUCCCCACCGUCAGGGUUCUCUCAGUUUCAACCCCAUAUGCUGCACCACCACUGAUAAUAACAGUAGUAGUAACAGCAGCAGCAGCAACACAACCAAUGAUGAUGCAGACUCAGUUCAAGCACCAAGUGCAACACCAGUUAAUCCUGUAGAAUUGAGCUUCCGGAAAAGAUCAAGAAGGCAAGCUAGACGGCAGAGGGAGAGGGAAAACGGCAUGCAAUCUACAAACAGAAGGGUUGAGAGUCCUCCCAAGAAAUGGGAAGACAUGACUUUGAGUGAGAAAGCAGUGGAGCUUUAUGUGGGGGAGAAAGGUGCUCUGUUUUGGCUCAACAAAUUUGCAUAUGCUUCAAUCUAUAUCAUGAUCGGAGGGUGGAUCUUCUUCAGGUUUGUGGGUCCAGCAUUCAACCUUUACCAGCUCGAUGGUCCUCCACUCUCCCCUACUGAUGUGUUCAAGUGAUUCCUCUCAGGUUUUGAACUAGAUGACUUAGUUACUCAAAAUGCUUUUAGCAUCUCAACUUAUCUACAGUUAUGUUUCUCUGCCCUCAACAAAGAUUACCAUGUUACUUAUUACUACUGCUUGUGACAGAUAUUAUAUGUAAAAAUCAGGGGCGCAAAAAACCAGACAUUUUUGUUGAAGAGAAUUGCAAUGCCACAUCAUCUUUUAUAGUA